AUGUCAGGGGAACAGUGCCUAAGGAAGUGGAAUAAACUGGUGCAAAAAUACAACGAGGUUGAAGACAAUAACAAAAGAACAGGGAGAGCAAAUAAAGAUUGGAAAUAUAUGGAUAGUAUAGCUGAAUGCAUGGGAGAUAGUCCAAAUGUGAACCCUGCAUACACAUUUGACACGUUAUCUUCAUCCCCUUCUCCUUCGGCAUGUUCUCUUGAAACCACUAAUGAUGAUAAUGAAGAUGUCACAAGUGAUGAUGACCAGAAUAAGGAUGUCAAGAAACCAGUUACCAGAAAGCAAAAACGAAAGAGCAACUUGAGUGCUAGUGAAAUGCUUUCAUUUUUAAAGGACUACUCAGAAAAAAGAGAGAAGGCUGAGGAAAAAAAGGUCGAGCUAUUAAGGGAAAUGCCUGAAGAAAAACCCCAGUUUUUUAGCCAGUUCCUUGAAGUGAUGAAAAAGAAACAAUUGACAAUGAGGGAGUUAUUGCUUAUGUUUGUUAGAGCCCUUUGUUAG